GAGCACAGCACUUCCGCUAGCCGCUCGCUCACUCACUGCUCCGGGAGGCGGCGGAGGGAGCGCGCGGCCCGGGGACCCACAUUCCCCGGUCCCCCUCCGCCCCACGCAGUCUGGACCAUGGUUGCCAGGUGGUGGGCAGUGGUGGUGCUGGCCACGCUCCCCUCCUUGGGGGCAGGUGGGGAGACCCCCGAAGCUCCUCAGGAAUCAUGGACCCAGCUAUGGUUCUUCCGCUUUUUGGUGAAUGCUGCUGGCUAUGCCAGCUUUAUGGUGCCUGGCUACCUCCUGGUGCAGUACUUCAGACGGAAGAACUACCUGGAGACAGGCAGGGGCCUCUGCUUUCCCUUGGUGAAAGCUUGUGUGUUUGGCAAUGAGCCCAAGGCCUCCGAUGAAGUCCCCCUGGCUCCACGGACAGAGUCGUCGGAGACAUCCUCCACUUGGCAAGCCCUGAAGCUGGUCUUCUGUGCCACAGGGCUCCAGGUGUCCUAUCUGACCUGGGGUGUGUUGCAGGAAAGAGUGAUGACCCGCAGCUAUGGGGCCACAGCCUCAGCACCAGGUGAGCGCUUCACAGACUCACAGUUCCUGGUGCUGAUGAAUCGAUUGCUGGCACUGAUGGUGGCAGGCCUCUACUGUGUCUUCUGCAAGCAGCCUCGACAUGGGGCACCCAUGUACCGGUACUCCUUUGCCAGUCUGUCAAACGUGCUUAGCAGCUGGUGCCAGUAUGAAGCUCUGAAGUUUGUCAGCUUCCCCACCCAGGUGCUGGCCAAGGCCUCCAAGGUGAUCCCUGUCAUGCUGAUGGGAAAGCUGGUGUCUCGGCGCAGUUACGAGCACUGGGAAUACCUGACAGCUGGCCUCAUCUCUGUUGGGGUCAGCAUGUUUCUGUUGUCCAGUGGACCAGAGCCCCGCAGCUCCCCAACCACCACACUCUCAGGGCUCAUCCUGCUAGCAGGCUACAUUGCCUUUGACAGCUUCACCUCAAACUGGCAGGAUGCCCUGUUUGCCUACAAGAUGUCAUCGGUACAGAUGAUGUUUGGGGUCAACUUCUUCUCCUGCGUCUUCACAGUGGGCUCGCUGUUAGAGCAGGGGGCUCUCCUGGAGGGGACCCGCUUCAUGGGGCGACACAGUGAGUUUGCUGCCCACGCUCUUCUGCUCUCAGUCUGUUCUGCAUGUGGCCAGCUCUUCAUCUUCUACACUAUUGGACAGUUUGGAGCCGCCGUCUUUACCAUCAUCAUGACCCUCCGCCAGGCCUUUGCCAUCCUCCUCUCCUGCCUCCUCUAUGGCCACACCGUUACUGUGGUGGGGGGACUGGGUGUAGGCGUGGUCUUUGCUGCCCUCCUGCUCAGAGUCUAUGCUCGGGGCCGCCUAAAGCAACGGGGAAAGAAGGCUGUGCCUAUGGAGUCCCCUGUGCAAAAGGUUUGAGGGGCUUGAAGGGCCAAGUGGUAAAUAGGACCCUCUCACUACAUCAGUUUCCCGGAUCUUUACUUCUUAGAAGCUGGCUCAAGGGCAAAAUGCAGUUUUUCUCAGUAUCACAAACUAGCUCUGUGCAGCUGGGGGUGGGGAGCCCAGGAGGCAGCCUUCCCUUUGCCUUAAAUUGCCUACUCUCCGGUAGGCAGGUUUCUUGAGCCCCAGGGUAGAGAUGACAGCUAGCAGGGACAAGGGAAGAAGCACUUUUUAAGGACUCCCUCCCUUCCAAAUUCCCUUGUUUUGCCCUAGCUAUUGCCCUGCCACCAGCAUCUCACCUGUGCUUGUCACUUACCUUGAAUACCCACCCUUAGACACCCUCCCAGAGACCUGCCUUUCUUACUUUGGUGAGAAAAGCACAAGUGUUAUAGGCUCCAAAUGCUGCUUUCCUGAGGGAGUUAAAGAUGGUGCUGUGCUGAGGGAGGGGCUCAGAGCCCUGCCCAGCAAUGCCACCCCCUAUGCUCCUGAUCCCUAGACCUUUGCUCCAGGAGCUGGUUACAGGUUUUGGUACUUUGAAAAUGUAAUUUUUUGCUUUUAUUUUAUUAAAUUAAAUUGCUGCAGGGGC